CGCGGAAUAGACCUCUCAAGUCUCAACCCAGAACCCAGCAAGCACCAUGGCCGCCGCCGUGCCCCUCCUCCAGCUGCUAAUACUGCCGCUCCUGGUCGCGUCAGCGGCGGGCGGCGGCGGCGGCGGCGAGAAGAGCACGCACAUGAAGCUGUACUGGCACGACGUGGUGAGCGGGCCGAGCCCGACGGCGGUGCAGGUGGCGCGGGCGGCGGUGACCAACACCUCCAAGACCGCCUUCGGCGCCGUGGUGGUGAUCGACGACCCGCUGACGGAGGGCCCGGACCUCAAGUCCUCGAAGCCCCUCGGCCGCGCUCAGGGCACCUACAUCGGCGCCGGCAAGGACGAGCUGUCCCUCAUGAUGAGCAUGAACUUCGUGUUCCAGGCCGGCAAGUACAACGGCAGCACCGUGGCCAUCAUGGGCCGGAACGCGGUGUUCGACGCCGUCCGCGAGAUGGCCGUGGUGGGCGGCACCGGCGCGUUCAGGAUGGCGCGCGGCUACGCGCAGGCCCGCACGCACGCCCUCGACCUCAACACCGGCGACGCCACCGUCGAGUACAACCUCUACAUCAAGCACUGAACUGACUGACCAUCCAGUUGGUUUUUGCUUGGGACGGACCAGUUGUUCCCACGCUUGUGUCGAUCUACAGUGGUUUUUGGAUCAUGUUGCGGUAACACUACGUAAAGAAUAACCUGAUGAUUUUUUUUUAGGAAUAUGGGACGGCCUUUUUAGAUCAGUACGAGCAUGAUCUAAAAACAUAAGUGUAAAAUGUAGUUCAGCAUAAAAUAAUGUGGAUCGGACUAGAACUGACCACAUGUAUGUGGUGGACUUGAGGGGCACAACCUAAUAAAGCUCAUAUUAAUU